CUGUGCUUUUAAAUGUGAACAGUAUGUUUCUCUGUGCUUAAAUUGCUGAGCUUUACACACAAAACCCAAGCAAAGAAAAGAGUACGAGAGAGAGAAGAGAAGGGUUUGAAGAUGUCAGGGACAACGGGAGGAGCUCAGGAGGAAGAUAAGAAGCCCAGUGAUCAAUCUGCCCACAUUAACCUCAAAGUGAAGGGUCAGGAUGGUAAUGAGGUAUUCUUCAGGAUCAAACAUAGCACCCAGCUGAAGAAACUCAUGAAUGCCUACUGUGAUCGGCAGUCAGUGGACAUGAACUCCAUUGCAUUCUUGUUUGAUGGACGCAGACUCCGGCCAGAGCAGACUCCAGAUGAGCUUGAGAUGGAAGAUGGUGAUGAGAUUGAUGCAAUGCUGCACCAAACCGGAGGGUGCGCAUGAAACCCUUUUGCUGCUGCGGACUAGAUUCCACAGAAGAUCUUACUUCGUUUCUUCUAUCGAAAGUGGCUCUAAUUUUAGUAAGAAAAAAAAAUGGAUAUGAAAGAUAAUGUUUCUUAUUAGUUGUUAUGUAAUGGAAUUCUGAAUGGUUGUUGCUGCUAGUCUAGCGUGCUGAUGCUAGAGUGGUUGCAACUAUUCUGUUGUUCUAAUUUCACCAUGCAUGAAACCCUUUCACUGAUGCGGACUGGAUUCCACAGAAGAUCAAGUUUCUUACUUCGUUUCUUCUAUCAAAAGUGGCUGUAAUUUUAGAAAAAAAUGGAUAUGAAAGAUAAUGUUUCUUAUUAGUUGUUAUGUAAUGGAAUUCUGAAUGGUUAUUUCUGCUA